UGGUGUGUAUGUGUGUGAAAUUUGCUAUAGCUUGAUACAAGCGAGUUCUAUACCUCGCAGUGUAACACAUCGUGAAACGGCCAGAGAGUCAGUGGUUUUUAUUUCGAGAAUGCCUCGAUUGUAGUUUUGCAGUGAAUUAGCCGCUCUGAUAGAGCCAUUAUAGAACAGAAUCAUGAGGUGUUCACUGUUUAUUAUCGCGGCAUUCGCCUUACACGCAUCAGCCUCGAUUCGAAUACCGGAUUUUACAGAAGUUCAAUCACCGCCAAGAAUAACAAAACAACCGCCCACAGACGAGCUACUCUUUCAAGUAGCUCAACAAAGUCUCAACGAAAACGACAAACCGUUUCUCAUAGAGUGCGAGGCCGAGGGUGAACCAGCACCUGAGUACAGAUGGAUAAAGAACGGGAAGAAAUUCGAGUGGCCGGCUUACGACGAUCGAAUUUCACAACAGCCAGGUCGGGGUACGUUAGUGAUAACGAGGGCACGUGAUGAGGAUUUGGGACAGUAUCAGUGUUUCGCUACGAACGAAUGGGGAACAGCCACCUCGAAUUCGGUAUUCUUGAGAAAAGCAGAAUUGAACUCGUUCAAAGACGAGGAUCCGAAGACUUUGAACGCGGACGAGGGUGAACCCUUCAAGAUGACGUGUCAGCCGCCGGAUGGUUGGCCAAAGCCGAACGUCUAUUGGCUCAUCCAAGAUGCGGAGGGUAAAAUUAAAUCGAUAAACAAUACACGAAUGACAUUGGAUCCAGAGGGAAAUCUUUGGUUCAGUAACGUGACCAGAGCCGAUGCAUCAAAUGACUUUUAUUACGCUUGUGCGGCAACGUCGUUGUAUCGAAAGGAAUACAAAGUAGGAAAUCGUUUUCAAUUAAAUGUCGUGUCGACUGGAUCGUCGGCAAACCAAAACAAACACGAGCCGGUCAAGCAAUACGUCAGCAGGAAGAACGAGGUGGCAUUGAGAGGGAAAAAAAUAGAAUUGUAUUGUAUUUACGGUGGUACGCCGUUACCGCAAACGGUGUGGCUCAAAAACGGCGUUCGAUUACAACCGACCGAUCGAGUUACUCAAGGAAAUUAUGGCAAGUCUUUGAUCAUUAAAACGGCUACGUUCGAGGAUGAAGGAACCUACACUUGCGAAGCUUCGAACGGUGUUGGUACGGCCAAAUCACAUUCGAUCAAUCUCAAAGUUCAAGCUGUUCCGUACUUCACCGUUGAGCCGGAAGUUAUAAACGCCGCUGAGGACGAAACCGUCGAAUUUCGUUGCGAAGCCCGGGGCUUACCGGAACCGCAAAUCAAAUGGAUACACAACGGCAAACCAAUCGCAGAAAGUCCACCGAAUCCUCGUAGAAAAGUCUCUAAGAAUUCCAUCGUGAUUGAAAAAUUGACGAAAACCGAUACCGGAAACUAUGGUUGUAACGCUACCAAUGCACUUGGUUACGUUUACAAAGAUGUUUAUGUCAAUGUCUUGGCACUUAAGGCUGAAAUCACACAACCUCCCAUGGAUCUUGCAACCGUUGAUCGCGAAGACGUUCGUCUCACCUGUAGAGCUUUCGGUGCUCCGAAGCCGGCUAUCAAAUGGAUUCGCAACGGACAAGAACUCACCGGUGGUCGUUACAAAACGCUCAUUACUGGAGAUUUGGAAAUAAAAAAUGUCGGAUUCUUGGACAGUGGUUCUUACACUUGCCAUGCUUCUAACAAAUUGGGCUCUGACGAAGCCAGUGCUAGUCUCGUUGUAAAGGAACACACUAAAAUCACUCACUCGCCCGAGAACUACGAAGUUUCUGCCGGAACUACUGCCACCUUCAGAUGCAACGCCGUAUCCGAUCCAAGUUUACCGUUGACUAUUGAAUGGUUGAGCAACGGAGAGCCCAUAGAUACGGAGGCUGAACCAAGAUUCCAACAGGCAUUGGACGAUCAUUCGCUUUCGAUAACGAAAACUACGGAAUUAGAUUCAGGAAUUUACACGUGUCGAGCUUACACCGAACUCGAUGAAGCUAGGGCCCAGGCUACGCUCACGGUCCAGGACGUGCCAAACGCUCCGGUACUUCUGGAAACCACGUGCUAUUCGAAUGAAGCCAAAAUUCGUUGGUCUCCCAUGGGAGAUAACCGAGCUCCGAUUUUGCGAUAUACCGCUCAAUACAAUACCUCUUUUACUCCAGACGCUUGGGAAGUAGCGGCUGAACACAUACCGGCUACAGAACAAACUUACAUUAUUCCCAUGUCACCGUGGGCCAAUUACACUUUCCGCGUUUUGGCGUGGAAUAAAAUAGGACCAUCCGUGGCGUCAAGUCAUGGAACUGUAUGUACGACCCAGCCAGACGUGCCAUACAAAAAUCCCGGCAACGUGAUGGGUAACGGCACCGAUCCGCAAAACAUAGUGAUAAGCUGGACAGUGAUGCCUCAAAUAGAGCACAACGCACCGAAGUUUUUGUACAGAGUUACAUAUAGACGUGACAUACCGGGAGAGCCUUGGGUGCAAGAGGAAAUUCACGAUUGGAAAGUGCAUCGAUUGCAAAUUGACAAUCAACCAACUUAUCAGCGAUAUCAGAUAAAAGUAGUCGCGAUAAACGAGAAGGGAGAAUCGUCAGCGGUGCCGCAAGUGGUGAUCGGCUAUUCCGGCGAGGAUCAGCCGACCCAGGCGCCAAAUAAUUUCACUCUCAUUAAAGUCGUUUCAAGCACUAGCGCCGAGUUGUCCUGGAACCCCGUUCCCGAAAGUUCCGUUCGAGGUGAAUUACGUGGUUAUAGAAUACAAACGUGGAUCGAGAGAGACGGUGAAGAAGGAAUGCGCGAAGUCACCGUUGGAAAUCGAACACGCGCUGUUAUCGACAAAUUCGUUCCGUACAGCAAAAAUUACGUUCGCGUUCUCGCUUUCAACGGACGCUACAACGGUCCACCCUCCGAAGUUUUGAGCUUCAACACGCCCGAAGGAAAACCCGGAACGAUUCUUAGUCUCGAUGCAUUCCCCAUCGGCUCGAGCGCUCUCUGGCUCAAAUGGACCAGGCCCGCCGAAACCAACGGUAUUCUCACCGGAUAUCGCGUUUAUUAUCAAAUCGUCAAUGGCACUGCUCUCGGACCUCUUCUCGAAAGACAACCUCACGUUCUCAAUCCCGAAGCAACUAGCGCCAAAUUGGCUAGUUUGGCGCCAAACACUAAUUACCGGAUCCACGUCAAAGCUACCACGAGAAUUGACGAAGGCGAUGACUUCUACAUCGAGCAACGUACGAGACACUCGCAAAAACCAGACAUGCCUCAUUUCACGUGGGAGACAUUCCCGAAAGAAAACGGUUAUUCUAAUAUUAAGGUGAUAUGGAUACCAAAUUUGAACGGUUAUCCAGGCAGUCACUUUUACGCUAAAUACAAGCUCAAGGGUGAAACAAUAUUCCGGGAAACCGAUCCUGAAUUCCAGUCGAACGAGCUCGAGAUCCGAGGUCUUCAAAGUGGCGAGGUUUAUGUCGUGAGCGUUGUCGCCGUUGACGGAAAUCAUCUGACGGAGAGUAAGCCGCAAGAAGUUGAAACGAGCAGCGAAGGCCCGAUUAUUCAGCCGAAGGAGAAUUACGCUACCGCCGGAUGGUUCAUAGGGAUGAUGUUGGCCAUUGCUUUUCUGCUAGUCGUGCUGAUAAUAGUUUGCGUGAUAAAACGCAAUCGUGGGGGUAAAUACGCGGUGCACGAACGCGAGCUCGCUGCUGGUCGCGGCGACUAUCCGGAUGAGGGUGGUUUCCACGAAUAUUCGCAACCACUCGAUACGAAAUCGGCGGGUGGUCGGGCGUCUCUCGCCUCAUCAUCGCAUCACGAUGGUAAACAUCCUGAAUCUGAUACGGACUCGAUGGCCGAAUACGGCGAGGGCGAUACCGAGGGUAUGAACGAGGAUGGCUCAUUCAUCGGUCAGUAUGGCCGACAGAGGAAACCGGAGCCCAAUUCUCAGGCAUUUGCGACCCUGGUCUAAGGUCGUUUUACCGAGGACGGUUCUUUCAUCGGGCAGUACGGUCCAAAAGGAAGACCAGAGGAAACGCCAACGAUUCCAACCGGGACGAUGGCAACGUACGUGUAAAGUCGCCGUGUAUAAAACAUUUCACUAAUUCAAUCGUACGCAACGUCGUUAUAGUUUUUUUUAUCGAUUUUUUUUUUUACCAACGUUAAAGGGAAAAAAAACUUUGACUCCGUCGUACUAACAUGACGAGCCACACACAAUCCUUGCCUGCCAAAAAAAGAAAGAAAAAAAAACAGAACAAAAAAGCAGCCGCUAAAUUCUCAAAUUUGCGCCGGGAGCGCAACGUCCAACACUCUUUACUGCCACUUAGAAUUUUUUUUCUUUUCUUCGUCUUUUUGGGUUUUAUCGAUUACCUGAUAUCGUUCGACUGACUUGCAAAUGGAAUGAUGCAUUUUUACGCAUGUUAUUAUUGAUGAUAAACGAAUAUAAAAAAUGCGUGAUGGAGUUAUUGUGCAUGCAAAGAAUUUUUGUCCAAUGUUUUUCUGAAACUUCCUUCAGUAUUAAAAUGAAAAAAAAAAAAAUUCACGAUAAACGUUUGUACGCUAUUUUUGCAAUUCUUUCGUAUUAUUUUACAUGUAAUUUCACGUGCUAAUGAUUCUCGUUAAUUGAAAAACCCAAAGACGAUACGUUAGGUGUUCCGUAGUCGGCAAAGCUAAUCUACGGAAUAAUAGUUGUAGAAAUUGAGAGAGAAAAAAACGAAGUACGAAAAAUUGGGAGGAGCAACAAAAAAAUCAUAAAAAAUUGGAGAAAAAUAAAUAAAAAUAUAUGAAUAUCGUCGCGUCGCCAGCAAAAUUUUGAACGGGCCAGAAAUUGGGCUUUAAUCGCCGGGUGUAUUACAGGGUUUGAGAGUUACGUUUGUAUUGUUCAUUUCAAAUAUUCUAUGAAGAUCAAAGCGCGAUUGUUCUUGGGCGAUCUUCAGAAUUUAUUUCUCCAAACAUAUGAAGGUGAAAUGAAAUUCGAAAGAAGAAAUUGUGCAAGCUCAGAGUUCGAAAGUACUAUGCGAAAUAGUAGAAGAUGAAUGAAGUUCAAUUUUGCAUCGUUAGACUGUACCGAAAUUCCACUUUCUUUUUCUUCAUCGUUAGAAUUUGUUAGGCAAAUAUUAGCCAUGAAUUUUUGUGUCAAAAUUUUCUUUAAGCCUUCGCAUUGGAAAAUCAAAAAAUCAAUUGUAAACAAAUGGACGGAAAAAUGAAAGAACGCGAAUUUCCGUUGCAAUCGGACGAUGCAACCUUCGAUUAACAUAUUCAAAAAAAGCCCGAAUAUCUGGCCUCGACUGAACGUAAACGUUUAAUUAUACACUCACACUUAUAUAUAAAUAUAUAUAUAUAUAAACAUACAUCUAUUCAAUACGAGAUUUCGAAGAGAAAGAAAAAUAAUGGCUGAAAAAAGACAAGCAAAUAAUUCUCGAAUAGAUCGAAUAUUCGCAAAUAUUUUUACUCUGCAGACUGCGGGCCAAGAAAGAAAACAAAUAACACAUUUAUGACGUAAAAUAGAGAAAUGAUUUUACGUCGACAUGGAUGAGGGGAAAAAAACCAGCGAGGAGGGCAUAUUCGACAAUUGAUAUUAAAUAAGAGAAAUUAUUGAGAAAAGUAAGUAAGGAGCGAAAGGAAAGAAAGAAAGAAAGAGAGAAAACGGAACAAGGCCUCUAACUGUUGCUUUUUGUAUGUGAGACACGCUUUAGCUAAAAAAUACAAAAUAAAGAAGAAAAAAAAGGAGGGGGAAAAAACGCAUACGUAACGGAAAAGAAAAGACGAAUGUUUUUUUCUUUGUCUUCUUUACGUUCGAUUAUUCGUUUGGCGAUUGACUUUCAUUAUUAUCAUUGUAUUAUGAUUAUUUUUUUUCCUCUAGCACACCUUAAUGAGCGUAGAUUUACCACACAUGACUAUUUAAUAUAUUAAAGCAUUAAAUAUAUGGAGAUAUUAUAUAUAUAUAUAUAUAUAUAUAUUAAUUAUUAAUUAGUGUUAGAAUUCCGAAGGAAUGCGAUGACACAAGAGCAGCUAUUAUUAAUAAUCAUUAUGUCGCAUUUCUGUAAUGAAAUGUUUUGCGAUGAACGUUAAGGUAUUGAAAAACAAACGGAAUGAUGAAAAAAAAUUGAGUCAAAAGAAGGGAAGCAAUGGCACGUCGCACAGGAAUAAUCGUGAAACAAAAAUACCGCCGUAUAAAAAACAGAACAAAAAAUAUAAUAAAUUCAAAUUACUACGCGGAUUUACACACGUGCAUUCGAGAUUUUCGGGAUAGUGUCGGGGAAAGAUAAGCAAAGUUUACAGUACUAAAUGUCGUUUAAACACAAAACAAAACAAAAAAUCUUAAUGAAAUACUAAGGAAAAGUUACUCGUCGUCAAUUCUCUCGAAAUUCAUCGAAACGAAAGAAAGAAAAAACCGAUUCGUUUACUCGUAUAUACAAAUGAAAAUAAUAUAUGCAUAUACACAGAUACACACAAACACAUACAAAAAUGUCGGUGUUGGUCGCCGGUAAUGAAUGUAGGGAAGGAAGAUGUUGAAAUUAGAAUCGUUGAAAUGACAAAUUUGAUUUUUCUAAUGGAUACAAAUAAACUUAGCAAUUUUGUUAAGAUCGAUGGAAAAGUGGAAAAAACGGUUUCAACGAUUUUUGUAUUCAACAUCGUACAAGGGGACUCGAAUUUUGUUCAAUACGAUUUUGCGAUGUUACGCGAGCGACGUUGAAAAGAAAAAAGAUUCGUUUCAACAUUAUACUCGUUGUAAAAUUUAAGCGAAAUUUUUCAUUCGUCACUACGACUUCCGAGUCCGGAGUAAUAGUCGAUAAAUGAAAAGGCGAGAGGAAAGAUAAAAAUCACACUUCGGCAUACGCGUUUCAGUAUAUUUUUCUAUCGUGCUAUUCUCGGAUUGCGACCCGCGAAAAGAAGCGAAAAAAAGACAAAAGUGUCUGAGGCGUAGGAGAGAAGCAAAAGGAAUGAUGGACGGCAGCGCAAAUCUCUCAAAGGGCUUAAAUCUCAAACCACGAAUCUCAAGUUAGAUAGGAAUUAACAAAACUCAAAGCCAUCCUCCAUGUAAACUUCCAGUGUAUAUUUGUAUGAGUGAUUUGUGAGCUUUUUUACGUACAUUUUUUUCCUUCUCUUUUUUUACACUUUUUACGCCUUUUUGUAAACAUUUUUUGCACCAUCCUACGUGCUUGUCAUAGAAUUCUAGUUCCCCCCCCCCCCCCCCCGCCCCCCGUUGCGUUUACCGGAAGCGAUGCUCCGAAUAUUCUGCACGCCGCGGAGCAAUUUUUUUUAUUCGAGUUUUGUUGUAACAGUUUAUAAAAUAUGAAGAUCUCUCGUAAUUCACCAAACUCGAAAUGCAUUUGCAAACUCAUACAGAAGUUGAAGAUUGAAAAGAAAACAAAAAAAAACAAACGAACAGACUGCCGCACAGCGGUCAGACGAGGAAUUCCUUAUGCGGACAUUUUCUCAACGUGUUGACGAAUCAAAAGGAAUGUAAUAAUAGAAAGAAAAAACAUUGAACGGAAGAAUGAAAUAAUUAAAUUAACAUACAACAAUGCAUCGCUUGUCGUUAGCGCCUGAUCACCGUGUUGUCCGCCUUAGUGAUAUAUAAAUAAUCCUAAAUAAUCGAUUCAACAUUUUGAUAAUCCUCGGAUUAAUUAUGCUUAAAUGCUCUGUUUUAUUGUUAAUACGAUUAACGUUUUAUUAAUCGAUAGCGAGAUCUAUCGUACAACGUACCGGCAUACGUUCAUUGUUUUUUCACUUAUUUUUUCUCAACGAAGAUCCUUAUUUAUUAGCCACAUACAGAGAGAGAGAGAGAGAGAGGAGCAAGAGAAAAUGAAAAAUCGACGUUCGAAAAAAAAAACUGUGUAAACGUUCGACGAAUGAUUCGAGAUUUUCUUGUGGCAAAGCGAAAAAAGCGUUUCUCGUUGGAUAUUUAUCGUGUGCUGGUUCAUUGCCAAUGUUUAAUUUUUCUUUCGUUCCUUCCGUACCACAAUCUUUGCUAGAGUUACGUGAGGGGGAAAAAUGAUUUUUCUCGUCAUUGCAAUGCUCGAAUGGCACACGCGUUAACAGAAAUAUAAAUAAACUGAAAAAAAAAAAAAAAA